GUACCGAGUCUCCUGCCACGUGCUCCGUCCCCAGAUCACCACAUGCAGCACUGCAGGGGCCCCACUUGCACCGAAACAUCCACCAUGUUUUCUAUACCGAGUAACUUGCCGCAAGGCUGCAGCACCGCCCUCGGAACGGGCCAGCAACACUACACUACACUCUACACACCACACACCACACAGCACCUACCACCCCUACCUUUCCCACACAGCUGAGGUCCCGCGUUAUAACUGGCCGGCCCCGAGCUAGCGCCCAUGGCACCGGUCCCCGACCCCCUGGCUGAGCUGCUCAUCAAUUACAAUGAGCUCAAUGCCUCCGUCGUUGACGAGCUCCAUCAGGAACCAAGCCCGCUCGAGUUCAUGAGAUAUGUCUCGAGAAACACGCCGUUUGUCGUAAGGGGAGGGGCCAGCAACUGGACUGCAACCAAGACAUGGAACCUUGCUCGCCUCAAGGACCUCUUACACGACCACACCGUCAAUGUCGCCGUGACUCCCUACGGGAACGCCGAUGCCCCCACAAGAGAUGACAAGGGCGAGCUUGUUUUUGCCAAACCGUGGGAGGAAGAUCAGCCCUUCUCGGAUUUUGUCGAGUACGUCGCGCGUCAGGAGACAGACGGUUCCUUCCCCCCGAGCAGUGAGAUACGAUAUGCUCAGACUCAAAAUGACAACCUUCGCCACGAGUAUGUCUCGAUCUUCGAUCAGGUCCAGCGUGACAUACCCUUUGCAAGAAUAGCAUUACAGAAAGAGCCCGAUGCCAUCAACAUGUGGGUCGGCAAUUCUCGCUCAGUGACAGCCCUCCACAAGGAUAAUUACGAAAACAUCUAUGUACAAGUCCAGGGACAAAAGCACUUCGUCCUGAUGCCUCCGCAUUGCUACCCAUGCGUCAAUGAGAAGCCACUCCGCGCGGGCACAUAUGUGCGCGACCAGCAGGACGGGCUGUUGCAUCUUGUCAUGGAUGGCGGCGGGGGUGAUGAGGAUUGCUCUGUGCCAUUCGCAAUCUGGGACCCAGACCGGCCGGACAAGAACGCGACUCCUUACUCCAGGCUCGCGGAGCCUGUGCGUGUCACGCUGCGACAAGGGGAUAUGUUAUAUCUCCCGGCCUUGUGGUACCACAAAGUGUCACAAUCCUGCUCGGAGGAGGGCAUCUGUGUGGCCGUAAACUACUGGUACGAUAUGGAAUUCAGCGGACCGCUCUACCCUGCAGCAUCGUUCGUGAGAUCGGUCAGCCUACAGAAAAGCGGUGGCCUGUAGGACAGCUUCGCGCUUUGACACUUUGAACCAACUGAAAGCAGACGGCAUACACUGUUGGUCCGAGUUCAUCAGGCUGGGCUCGCCAGCGGGAGGUGUUGACCAACCGGCCUUGACACUUGUUAGACAGAUCAUAGCAAGACGAUCAGACGUACGGCAUUCACCGUUCUGUCGAGAGGUACUGUGGGACACUUAUAAACCAUGCACAUGCUUAGGACGACAUGGUGACUUCGUUACUCCGUGAGCCAAGCUGCGCAGUCAGUGCAGUGAGAAUCGGUCGCUGAUGCUGCCAGGCGAGUAUGGUGCAAAAACGGUGGCACGGUUAC